AUGUCUUUUAAUAAUGAAGAAAACGGACCUUCUCCAAGCAAACGCCCAAGAUUCCUCAUCCGGAAUCUCUUUCCUCACUUAUUCAACGAUAUACAAAGCGGUGCGGGGACGACAAAUUUUAAUAAUUACUACCGCCAAAUCGAUUAUGAAACGCAGUUUAACAAAAAAUUUAAAAUGAUGGGAACAACUGGAAAGUUUAUUAUUGAGAAAUUACCGGGAAACCCGGAGGAAUUAUUGAGAAAAAUAAUUCAAGACUGCAUGGAUCAAACCGUAGAGGAAUCAAAGAAUCAGUUAAUUAAUCCUGACCGACUAGGCGCAAUAAUUUCUUCACAGUUACUUGAUAAUGAUAUUUGGAUACCAAUUAGAAAGCUAGAAAAAGAUACAAUAGACAACAUAUUAACAAGAUUUCAACUUGUUUCACAAUCAAAGAUAGAAAAGGGAUCACUUCAUGGUCACCCCUUCACAAUCAAAAUCCAGACACUGGGUAUUUCAUCACUUCCAACAAAUCAAUCGAUUAGAGGACGUGCACCACAAGACAAUGCAACAAAUGGUUUUAAACUAAAAGACGAAUUAUUUAUUAAAAUAGCUAAUCAGAACAACUUAUGCUUAUUCUAUGCCUUGGAAAUUACUAAAAAAUAUGUUAUUAAGGAAUUGGGAGAUAGAAGAAAAUUUAAUAAAUAUAUGCAAUACAAUCAUCGGCAGAUGAAAGAUGUUUUCGAUCUCCUAAAAGCUGCAAAAAUUCCUAACGAUCUCUCUGAAUAUGAUGCCGUGGAGUACGUGCCAGUUAUUGUAGAUUUCUGGAAUAAUCAAUAUAAGGAUAAAGGAUAUAAAUUCAAAGUAUUUGUUUUCGGAAAUGUCAAUGAAAAACCUAUAUUCAAAUAUGGAAAUGAAAAUUUUAAUGUUCCAAUUUCCAUUUUUCACUCAACUAACCAUUUUGAUGGAUUAAGAAAUGUUGGAGGACUGUUUGGUUUUAAACAAAAAUAUUGCUUUACAUGUGAGAAGAAAUUCAGAAAAUCAACGGAGCAUGACUUGAGAUGUAAAUCUCUCUGCAGAUUGUGUGGACGCAUUGGAAGUGAACGUCCUUGCUUGGCAACAGUAAACUAUUUCAAAAAAUGUGAUGAUUGUGGGAAAAAGUAUUUGAAUGAAGAUUGUUUUAACCACCAUAAAAAAAGCAACAAUUGUCGGCAAACAAGAAUCUGUGAAAAAUGCGGUGUGAUAUGGUCAAUGAAAAAUUAUAAAAGAGAAGAGCAAAAGAAACACAUCUGUGGGCAAAAAUGGUGUCAAAUUUGUCGGCAAUAUCAUAGCAUGGAUAGAGGAUGUUUUAUUCGACCUUUGGAACCUAAAAAAUCAAUACCAUACCGUCUAAAAAACGGCUCCACAAAGUAA